AUGAUAGAUUUUGCAGAUGGAAUUGAGAAAACCUUAAUUGGUACUCUAUAGUCAAUAUUAAAAACAUAAUGGAAAUUAAAUGAUCUUGAUAUUUCAUUGAUGACUAGUUCAUAUUUUAUAGGUAUUGUUAGUGGUACAUUAUUGUGUGCAUUCUAUGCUGAUCAAAUAGGUAGAGCAAAAACAUUACUCUAUUCUAGUUUAUUAGCAUUUCUAUUACUUUUAUGGCAUAGUUUUGCAUAAAGUUUUGAAGAAAUUCUAAUUUUAAGGUUUUGUUUUGGUGUAAUUUUUGGUACAACUAUUCCUCUAGGACAUAUUGUUAUAAGUGAAAUUGUACCUGCUAAAAUAAGAGGAUAAGUAAUGACUAUUGUUGCAACUGUUUUUAUUGUUGGAAAAAUAUAUUGUACAGGAUUGUAGAUGAUAUUUUUAGAUGAUUAUAAAUCAGGUAAUUGGAGAAUGUUAUUAAUUGUUAAUAGUAUUCCACUUUUAUUAUGUUUUAUAUGUUCUCUUAUAUAUUUAAGAGAAUCUCCAAGAUAUUACUUUACUAAAUAGAAUUAUGAUUAAGGUUUCUUGGAAUUAGAACAUAUAGGUAAGGUAAAUAAUGGAACAUCAUAUUAAUUAACAGAUGAAUAGAAAUAGGGAAUAUUAGAAUAAUAAUAAUAAAUAAAUUAAGAAUAACAACCUAUUAAGACUGUUUAAUAUUUAUUUUCAAGAUAAUAUUUUAAAUUUACUUUAAGAAUUUGGAUUGUUUUUAUGCUUACUUCAAUUAUUGAAACAACAUUAUAUUAUUUAAUGCCUUUUUGGUUAGGAGAUUCUUAAAAGGGAUUUAUGGCUUAAAUGUAUAUGAUGCUUGCUGAAUUAAUGGCUGGCAUAGUUGUAUAUUUUAUAAUAGAUAGUAAAAAAACAGGAGGUCGAUCAAAAUUAGUAUUAUUAUUAUCAGUAUUGAUAUUUGUAACAAGUGUAAUAUUAAUAAUUUUUAAAGAUUCUUUUCUUGUUUAUGGUUUAACAUUAAUCUCUUUUUUACUGAAAGUUAUGUUUACAGCAGAAAUGGUAAUAAUGAAUGAAAAUUAUACAACUUAAUAUCGUUCAAUGGGAGUAGGAAUGACUCAAACAGUUGGUAAAUCUAUGGGUGUUAUAUCACCUUAUUUUAUUUAUCCUAUGUAUUCAGAGAAUCCCUAUUCUCCCUUUUAUUUAUAUGCUAGUUCUAUGGUUGUUUUAGCUAUUUUAUCAGCUACAUUGCCAUUUGAUAUGACUCAAGUGGAAUUAGAUAAUAUGGAAGUAUAUAAAUAGAGAUAAAGUAAAAAAUCUCUAGUUAAUAAUUAAUGA